CCUCCUCAGAUCGAACUUAAAAGCUUCAGAGAGAGAGAGAGUCUGUCUGAAAAUGGCGGGAAUCAUCCACAAGAUCGAAGAGAAGCUGCACCCCGGCGAGCACAAGGAGGAGCACAAGCACCCCGGCGAGCACAAGGAGGAGCACAAGCACCCCGGCGAGCACAAGCCGGGUCACUGCAAGCCCGACGAGCACAAGCACCACGGAGAGCCGCACAAGGAGCACAAGGAGGGGUUCUUGGACAAGGUCAAGGACAAGAUCCACGGAGAAGAGCACAAGAAGGGCGAGAAGAAGAAGAAGAAGGAGAAGAAGAAGGGCGAGCACGGUGGCCACGACAGCAGCAGCGACAGCGAUUAAAUCGCCCUCCUCCAUGCAUCAUCCUCACAUCAUACUCAAG